GAAAGGAUACACGUAGACAAACGAUCACCCUCUCACUCCUACAUCGGUUUUGCCUCCGAGCGAUCGUAAUGCUUCUUCUGCCACUCCGCAGAAAAUUUCUGCAGCGUAAUUUCUUAUAAGAAAUCCAAAGACCCUCUUCUCGGAUUCGAAAUUAGGUCGAAAUUUUCCGCCUCAAGUGCGACGAUGUUAAGGUCUCUGGUUCAGAUACGGUCACGGGCGUCGCCAGUCGCAACAAUCUCUUCAAUGAAUAGGAGAGGAAACGAGAGGCUUUUGUCGUCGACUAGUUCUGAUAACAGUAGUAGUGAACACUUAAAAGCCGAGAAUGCAAAAAGCAACGGAUCAAAUACGGAGGACAGGAUAUUGGUUCUUGGGGGAAAUGGCUACGUGGGUUCGCACAUAUGCCAAGAAGCACUGAGACAAGGUUUGGUUGUGUCGAGCCUUAGCAGGUCUGGAAGAUAUUCUCUACACGAAAAUGAUUCCUGGGUUGAGAAUGUAACUUGGCACCAAGGCGAUCUGCUUUCACCGGAUUCUCUGAAGCCUGCUCUAGAUGGAGUUACAUCUGUGAUUUCAUGUGUUGGAGGGUUUGGCUCCAACUCGCAUAUGUUCAAAAUCAAUGGAACUGCAAACAUCAAUGCCGUUAAAGCUGCUGCAGAACAAGGUGUGAAAAGAUUUGUGUACAUAUCAGCUGCUGAUUUCGGGAUUAUGAAUUACCUGCUGAGAGGAUAUUACGAGGGAAAGAGGGCAACUGAAGCUGAGAUUUUGGAUAAAUUCUCCAACAGAGGGAUUAUUCUCAGGCCAGGAUUCAUACAUGGCACUCGUCAGGUCGGAAGAAUUAAGCUGCCACUUAGCAUAAUCGGAGGUCCUCUAGAGAUGGUUCUGAAGCAUGCAAAGUUUUUGACAAAAGUUCCUCUUGUUGGACCUCUGCUCAUACCUCCUGUCAAGGUUACUUCCGUCGCGAAAGUGGCCGUACAUUCUGCAACGGCCGAUCUUGACUUCCCCUCUGGUGUCAUCGACGUUCAUCAAAUUCUUCACCUCGGGCAAUGAAAUGACAAUUUGAUAUGUCAGUUGUUUCUUUUGAUUCAAUCUUGAGAAUAGAACCAUUGGAGGUUCUGAUAUGUAAUAAUAACAGUUGCUCGCACAGAAGAUAUUCCAACAUCUGAAUGAGAGAUUUAUCAACCAA